AUGUUUCAUCCAGCUUCGACCAGAUUUCAUCUUCCUACUAUUGUUCAAAAAGAAGUUUCACCAAUAAAGGAAACCAAUAUAAGAAAUAUGAGACCCUCUCUUUUUUUAAAUUAAAUUGAUGUUCUUCCUCAUUCCCUAAAAACAGAAGCUGAAGCACCCAAUGAAAAAUCUGCAACUAAAGUGUACACUUAAUCUGAAAGUGAUCCACUUAUAGAAAUUCCUUAUCAUUUUAAACUACCCUAACUAGUCAAAACCAGACCCAAGAGAUACUAGAGAUCCUUGCCUGAAAUUCCAAUUCUUGCACAAAUUUCUCAAAAUGACACUCCUAUUGAAUUUGAGAGGUCAUAAAAGAGAACUAAGCUAUUUUUAAAAAGAUAAGAUUCAAAAAUAUUGGAAUCAGUAUCAAAGUUUUAAAGGAAGAAAGUGGAAUUUAAGAAAUCUUUGAUUAUAAUAGAUAUAGAAACAGGAAAUUAAGAUAGACAAGAAAUAUCUUAGACUUAAAAACCCCUUAGAAGAAUAGCACAUCAAAAAACUAAAUCAUUUCAAAUCAGAAAUGAAUGA